AUGAGCCACACCGACGAGCCCGACGAAGGGCCAUCGCGCGCAUCCCGAGAUCCUGAUUUCAAUUCCUCGACCACAGACCAACACGAAAUGGCAUCGCCCACUCCCGUCCACACCGCAGGGUACCGACCCGAAUACAUGACUGUGGGCACUGGAUCACAGCCAUCUCAUGCUGCAGCUCUUAUGGAACAACUUGAACGAGAUUCCGGCUACGGCAGUAUGGCAAAUGACGUCCAACAGGCCGGUGGCGAGAUGCGCGCAUGGGAGGACGAAUUUCUCAGAGACAGACCAACGCCUGCCCAUACUCCCCAAAUCAACGGACAACCUGCAAGAAUGUCAGAAACAGAGAAACGAUCUCUUGCUAGCCAUGUACAUCAACUCUAUUACAAUCAAAAUCGCGUCGCUCUCGCGAAGGCGAUCUCGCAAACCGUCGAACUGUUGAAACAAUUACAGGAGAUGAAUGCCCAAUGGCCUGCACACUACCCUUCUGUCCAGAAAGAUGAUAGAGAAAGUCAAUCUGUCAGACCGAUCCUGCGAGAAGUCCAGUCGACAAGGCAAGCGGCGGAUCUGUCACGCCAGAUGUUUCUUAAAAAGGCGGCGCAAGAUCGGCCAGGAGUGUUAAGAAGAGCUGGAACUUCACUUGGAGAAGAUGCGACAGGAGAGUCAAGCUCACAAGCACAGCACAGGCAGACACCCGAACCACGACUUAUCACGCCACAAAUCGCACAGGAGUUUUCCAUCCUGAAGCUCGAUCUCAAAGUUGGCGCACUGUCUCAAACGGAACUCGUUCAUUCUCUGGAGAAGAAGUCGAUUGCGUCACUGCUGGAUGGGAAAAUAAGCCAGAGCGUCCGGCACCUGCUGGCGCUUCGGGACCGAAUAGAGGAUACCUCGAGCAAAGUCCUGGUCACUGGUGAUCUAAAUGCAGGAAAGUCCACGUUCUGUAACGCCCUGUUGCGCCGCAAGAUUCUGCCUGAGGAUCAGCAGCCCUGUACCAGUAUUUUCUGUGAAGUACUGGACGCAAAAGAGAAUGGCGGCAUCGAAGAAGUCCAUGCUGUUCACAAAGAUACGGUUUAUGACCGAAAUGAUGAAAGUACCUACGACUCUUAUUCCUUACAAGAGCUGGAGAAGAUAGUCAUUGACAACGACCGAUAUAUGCAGUGCAAGGUCUAUGUCAAGGAUAUCAGGACGAUUGACCAGUCGUUGCUGAAUAACGGCGUCGUCGACAUCGCGCUGAUUGAUGCUCCUGGCCUGAACUCGGACUCAGUCAAGACCACGGCUGUCUUCGCCCGGCAAGAGGAAAUUGACGUGGUUGUCUUCGUGGUCUCAGCAGCAAAUCACUUUACCUUGUCUGCCAAGGAGUUCAUUUGGCAAGCCGCGCAUGAGAAAGCGUACAUCUUUAUGGUCGUCAACGGUUUUGACAACAUCCGCGAUAAAGAACGAUGCCAAAAGAUGAUCCUGGACCAGUUGGCCAAAUUGAGCCCCCAGACAUUUAAGGAGGCCGAGGAACUGGUCCAUUUUGUGUCUAGUAACGCCAUUCCCAUGAUACCUUCACUCCUCAACGAUGGAGCUGCCAGUGGUGGCAGUGGCGGGGGCGGUGGGUCAGAUCCUUCCGAUGGAAACGAUGACGACGAUGAUUCAGACAAAGGCAAAGGGAAGGAUAAGGAAAAAAUCCGAGAUUUCGAGGUCUUGGAGAGUGCGCUCCGGCGGUUUGUGUUGGAGAAGAGAGCACGCUCGAAACUUGCUCCCGCAAAGACCUAUCUGAUGAACUGCUUAGGUGACAUGAAUGUUCUCGCUACAGUGAACCGUGACGUCGCGCAAUCAGAGCUGGACCGGGUAUCCAAAGAACUUUCGGAGAUAGAGCCGGAAUUUGAAGAGAAGCAGAAACACCGUGUCACAGUUUCAGAACAAGUCGAAAAAGAUAUUGACUCUACGUCCACCGAGGUGUACAACCAUACUCGAUCGACUUUGACCAACACCAUUGCCAAUAUCGGCAAUCACAAUCACGGCGUCGAAUACCCUGGGAUAUUCUCUGCAUUCCAAUACGCGGAAGACUUGCGCAUAGCAAUGCUUGAUCAAAUUUCUGCCGCGGUUACCAGUUGCGAGAAUUACGGUCGAGCGAGGACUGUGCAGGGCGUCAACACCAUCAAGUCCCUUGGCUUGUUGCAUGUCGGUAACAGUUACGAGAACCUCAACUUCGCAGCAGACAAAAUGUUCCAGCGCCGCAAGGAUGCACUGGUACGGUCUGUGGACACGGACGUGGAUAUCUGGGACUUUUUCGACGUUGCUGGACUUUGGGAGCGACAGGAGAAGACCGUUGGUACCGGGCUUGCGCUCACCGUUGCUGGGACACUAGGCACCAGGGCAGUUGGUGGUGUUGGUUGGAUUGAUGGUGCAUUCGGCGCGGCUAAAAUCCUUGGGAGUCGGAAUCUGAGGAGAUUGAUUGUACCAGGCGCUGUUGCUGCUGUAAUUUUGGCGGUGAGCUACAUUCUCUCCGCCAUCCCGCAAAGCUUACCACCACGUCUUGCACAAAAACUCUCAGCCACUCUCGCCCAGAUGGAUUACACGCACAGCAAUGCCCACCGGAUAGCCUCCGAAGUCCGUCGCGUGCUUCGCUUUCCAGCUCAACAGUUAACAGCAGAUCUCGCCCAGAAUGUGGAAGAACUAAGACAAAGAAAAGAAGACGUGACAAAGACGAAGAAAGAGAGUGAGGUUGCACGGAAAUACUUUGGGAAUCUUGUGCGGGAAAGCGACGAGACGAGGAGGCGAGUGGCAGGGAUUGAUCUCGAAGGAGGUCCCCCUGGAGCAGUCGGUGGUUAUGUUUUGUAG